UACACGCUGCUGUUAGUAGUAUGUUUGCUAAUAAUCCCGCAUCGGAGUUUAUGUAGCGGUGUCAUUUAAUUAAAUUACUUCUCUUUUUGCAACGUGUGAAGAAAAGGCUCGGUUUUUACGCAGAGACCGGAGGGAAACACAAGGAAUAUGGCGUCACUGGGGGGGAGCAGUUCAGGUACAGAAUACACGGUCCGAGUACCAAAAAAUACAAAUAAGAAAUACAACAUCAUGGCUUUCAAUGCUGGCGACAAGGUGAACUGCUCUGCCUGGACCCAGGCCCGCAUGGAGCGUGACAUGAGCAACAGACGGAUGUACGCUGGCGAGGAGUCUGAGGAGGGAGCGGCCGGAAGCGAGUUCGGGAAGAAGCAGAGGGAGGAGGCGCGCCGGAAGAAGUACGGCAUCGUGACCCGGGAGUUCAAGGUGGACGACCAGCCCUGGAUCCUCAAGGUUAAUGGGAAGGCAGGCAAAAGGUUCAAGGGUCAGAAGAAAGGAGGGGUGACGGAGAACGCCUCCUACUACAUCUUCACCCAGUGUCCCGACGGGGCCUUUGAGGCCUUCCCUGUCCACGGCUGGUACAACUUCGUCCCCCAGGCCAAGCACCGCACGCUGACGGCGGAGGAAGCCGAGGAGGAGUGGGGCAGGAGAAACAAGGUGGUGAACCACUUCAGCAUCAUGCUCCAGCGGCGUCUGAGGGAGUCGGACCGCGGCGGCGCCGGCGACGAUGACGACGACGACGACGAGGGCGGGAAGGGCGGCAAGAAGAAGAAGAAGAAGGGCGGCAGGGGAGGCGGCGACCUGCGCAUCACCGACCUGGAGGACGACCUGGAGAUGAGCAGCGACGAGAGCGGCAGCAGUGCUGGAGAAGAUGGAGAGGGCAAGCCAAAGACAAAGAAGAAAGCCAAGGGGAAGGGGAAGAAGAAGAAGAAGAACGACAGCGACAAAAGCCAUGGGGAGGACAGUGACGAUGGCGACUUUGAAGGUUUAGAAGUCGACUACAUAUCAGAUGAAACCAGCUCUGAAGAAGAGGACGCAGAGAAGGCCAAACCCAACAAAGGACAGGACGUCCCUAAAGGCAUUGACGAGAUGUCUGAGAGUGAAGAAGAAAGCGAGGAGGAGAAACCGAAUGAAGAAGAGACUAAAGAAGAGGAAGAGGAGGACGAAGGGAAGAAGACCCCUGUGCACAUGGAGAAGAAGAAGAAGAAAGGUGUGGUAGACGUUCCACACCAGAGGAAAGAACCAAACAAAAACAGCAGCGGAGAAUCGGAGAGCUCAGAGGACAGCGACAUCGAUGGAGAGGCCACAUCUGCUCUCUUCAUGGUGAAGAAGCGCACCCCACCUAAACGGAGCGGAGGGCGUGGGUCAGCCGGAAGCUCCAAAACGGGCAGUCGCCCCGGCACACCGUCCAUCGACAGCGCCGCCACCUCCAGCACACUGCGCGCAGCAGCCAGCAAGCUGGAGCAAGGUAAAGGGAAGCGUCAACCGGCAGCGGCCAGCGCAGACACCCCAGCAUCCAAGAGGCUGAAGAUGGACCCUUCCCCCCAGAGCCCUUCGGGAAAGAGCACACCUCAGCCCUCAUCUGGGAAAUCCACGCCCAGCGCCAGCAGUGAUGUGCAGCUGACAGAAGAAGCCGUACGUCGGUAUCUGAUUCGCAAGCCCAUGACCACCAAGGACCUGUUGAAGAAGUUCCAGACAAAGCGCACGGGACUCAGUAGCGACCAAACAGUCAACGUGCUCGCCCAGAUCCUCAAGAAGCUCAAUCCAGAGAGGAAGAACAUCAAUGACAAGAUGCAUUUCUACCUUACUGAGUGAAGGCUGGAGAAGAGCUGCUUGCCUGUGGCGAAACAGAGCAGGGCUUCAGAAAAGCAUUGACUCUAGUUGAGUGACUUUAAACAGGAUUGACUCUUGUCUUGGAGUGAACAAGUAUUUGUUUAAAGUAUUACUGGAGCUUGAUAUCCUGUGUUGACUUGGAAUUAGAACCCCAUGAGGGGUUAGUAUUGCAUUUUGAGAUCGAAUAUGAUCUGAAUAAUGCCCGGCUCAAAGGAGCUGUGAUUCAUAGCCACUUGAUGGAAUUCGUUUUUUUUUAUAAAUCUGUAAACUUUUUUUUUUAAAUAUUGAGCCAGUGUGCUAUCCUGAAUAAAUCACACUGUUGUUGGUAA